UUUAAACGCUUAGAAAUACUAUUCCCCAUUUGCCUGUCUACGCAUUAUAAAUGCAAAACGAUUUCGAAAAACUGUCUUCCUAAUUAAAAGCGACUCAAUGAAUUGAUUAACAUUUUUGUAAAUUGGAAAAUCAUUAUUUAAUUUCGAAACCAUAAAAUUGCAUACACGACCAUUGUUCCAAUCAGUUCAGUGUUAGCCGUGCUACGGAACGGCGAAUUUUGUUUUAAGAAACCAGACAGAACAACAGGUGGUUACACACAGUUAUAUCGGAAUAAGGAAUUCCAUAUAACGAAUUGGGAUUAACAGCGCAAAAGGAUAAUUGUGCAAAGCUGAAAAUAACAAAAUGUCAGCUGCAACGGAGACAGUGCAAGAGGCGAUUACACAGGCCUCGGCCAGCGGUGGUCUGGGCGCCUUGUGGACAGCUUUGAUCGGUGUGGUGGUGAUUGCGGCCUUGUACGAGUACUGGCGACGUAGCUCACGUGAAUAUCGUAUGACCAAGAAUAUACCCAGUCCACCGGAGGUGCCCGUUUUGGGUAAUGCGCAUUUAGUGCUCGGCUGUUCGAAUGCGGAGGUUGUCGCCAAGGGUAAUACCUAUCUGGAAAAGUAUGGUGAAACAUUGCGUGCUACACUGGGUCAUGUACUCAUCGUAUUCCUCACUAAUCCCAACGAUAUUGAGAUUAUCUUGAGCAGCAACAAUCACUUGAAUAAAUCCGAAGAGUACCGUUACUUCAAACCAUGGUUCGGUGAUGGUCUGCUCAUUAGCAGCGGUAAUCACUGGCGUCAUCAUCGCAAAAUGAUUGCACCCACCUUCCAUCAGAGCAUUUUGAAGAGUUUCGUACCGACUUUUGUGCAACAUUCCAAAAAUGUUGUGGAACGUAUGGCUAAGGAAUUGGGUAAGGAGUUCGAUAUUCACGAUUACAUGUCACAAACCACUGUGGAGAUCUUGCUCAGCACCGCUAUGGGUGUGAAGAAGAUACCGGAGGGUAACAAGAGUUUCGAAUAUGCCAAGGCUGUCGUGGAUAUGUGUGACAUCAUACACAAGCGUCAAGUGAAAGUCAUGUACCGUUUGGAUGCCAUUUACAAUAUGACUAAAAUGCGUCAAAAGGGUGAUAAAAUGAUGGACAUCAUCUUGGGCAUGACCAAGCGUGUGGUUAUGGAACGCAAGGCGAACUACAGCGCGGAAGGUAAUGGUAUUGUUGAGGAGGUCGAUGAGACGGCAAAGAAAGCGGCUGCCAAGAAGGUCGGUGGUCUGCGUGACGAUUUGGAUGAUAUCGAUGAGAAUGAUGUAGGUGCUAAACGUCGUCUGGCGUUGUUGGACGCUAUGGUGGAUAUGGCUAAGAACCCCGAGAUCGAGUGGAGCGAGAAGGAUAUUAUGGAUGAGGUUAACACCAUUAUGUUUGAGGGUCAUGACACUACAUCGGCUGGUUCCAGCUUUGCACUGUGCAUGAUGGGCAUGCAUAAGGAUGUGCAAGAGAAGGUCUUUGCAGAACAGAAGGCUAUCUUUGGUGAUAAUUUGAUGCGUGACUGCACCUUCAACGAUACCAUGGAAAUGAAAUAUUUGGAACGUGUCAUUAUGGAGACACUGCGUAUGUACCCACCAGUACCGUUGAUUGCACGUCGCGUCGAUAGCGAUGUGAAAUUGGCUUCAGGCCCUUAUGUUGUGCCGAAGGGCACCACUGUGGUGGUACUACAGUAUCGCGUACACCGACGCCCCGACAUUUAUGCCAACCCUGAUAAGUUCGAUCCCGACAACUUCUUGCCCGAGCGCAUGGCCAAUCGCCAUUACUACAGUUUCAUACCAUUCAGCGCUGGUCCACGUAGUUGCGUUGGUCGUAAGUACGCCAUGUUGAAGCUAAAGGUGCUGCUCUCCACCAUCAUUCGUAAUUACACGAUUCACUGCAAUGAGACCGAGGCGGAUUGGAAGCUACAGGCUGAUAUUAUUUUGAAAUUGGAGAACGGUUUCAAUGUGGUGCUACAGAAGCGACAACCGGUUGUGGCGAUUAGACAAACAGUGCUUUGCAGUAGCGCCAGAAGUGCAGUUGUCAUAAACACAAUGGAUUUAAUAAACACAACCAGACCUGAACAACAAUAUAUUACAGUAUCAAAGCAGCACAUCCUGUCGAGUCCUUUAUAUGUCAGUUUGAUCGGUGCAUUGCUGGCUUUAGUAUUAUAUGAUAUUUGGUUUCGCAAUACCGAUGCUUACAAGAAGCUGAAAAGUAUACCUGGACCGCCGGUGCUGCCGCUUAUUGGCAAUGCGCAUUUGCUGUUGGGUCUUACUCCCACCGAGAUGGUGCAGGAGGCACUCAGAUACUUGCAUUACUACGGUGAGACAAUCAGCGGUUGUUUCUUCAACUUUAUGGUAGUCUUCCUCACCAAUCCGGCCGACAUUGAAAUCAUACUCAACAGCACCGUACACAUGGAGAAGUCCGAUGAGUAUAAAUACUUUCAGCCCUGGUUCGGUGAUGGUCUACUCAUUAGCAAGGGCGCACAUUGGCGUCAUCAUCGCAAAAUGAUCGCACCCACCUUCCAUCAGAGUAUACUUAAGAGUUUCGUGCCAACUUUUGUGCAGCACUCCAAGAAUAUCGCGAAACGCUUGGAAGCCAAAUAUCUGGGCCGUGAGUUCGACGUACAUCAUCAUAUGAGUCAGACGACGGUGGAGAUACUACUUAACACCGCUAUGGGCAUGAAACAGUUACCCCCAGGCAGAGAAUGUGCACGAUAUGCCGAAGCCGUGUUGGAAAUGUGUGAUAUACUGCAGAAGCGUCAGAUUAAGGCGCACUAUCAUUUCGAUUUCCUUUAUCGUUGGACGAAAUUGCGUCAGCGUUGCGAUAAAAUGAUGGACAUUAUCUUGGCAUUAACGAAGCGUGUCAUCGCCGAGCGGCGUGAACAUUUCAAUUUCGAAACAGAUGGCGUGUUAGAUCAACAGGAUGUGCUAAAUGCGCGGGCGUGCGAUCGGAAGAAGGAAGGACUGCGUGACGAUUUGGAUGAAAUCGAUGAAGCGAAUGAUGUGGGUGCUAAACGUCGUUUGGCUUUCUUGGACGCGAUGGUGGAGAUGACAAAGAAUCCGGAUAUUGAGUGGACAGAGAAGGAUGUGAUGGAUGAAGUGAAUACGAUUAUGUUUGAGGGUCACGACACCACCGCCGCCUGUUCCAGUUUUGUACUCUCUCUACUUGGCAUCCAUAAAGACGUGCAGACACGAGUAUACGAGGAGCAAAAACAAAUAUUCGCCGACGACACUGAGCGCGAUUGCACCUUUGCCGACACGCUAGAAAUGCAGUACUUGGAGCGUGUAAUCAAAGAGACGCUGCGACUCUAUCCACCAGUACCGGUGACAGGCCGCAAAGUUAACGAGGAUGUACGAUUGGCCUCCGGACCAUACACAAUACCGAAGGGAACGACUGUUGUGCUGGGAACUUAUGCGGUGCAUCGACGUGCCGAUUGCUAUGAGAAUCCGGAUAAAUUCGAUCCGGACAAUUUCUUGCCGGAGAAGGUGUCAAAGCGACACUACUACAGCUAUGUGCCCUUCAGCGCGGGUCCACGCAGUUGUGUUGGACGCAAGUAUGCCAUGUUGAUGCUGAAAGUACUGCUCUCGACGUUGGUGCGUAAAUUCGCAAUACACUCGAAUGUGGAUGAGACGCAAUUUCAAUUACAAGGUGACAUCAUAUUGAAAUUAGCUAAUGGCUUCAAGGUUGUGCUGACCACACGUCAGCACUGAGAAGUGUGUGUAAAUAAAUAUGAAUUUUUUCGCAUUUCAAAUGUAAUCAAUAAUCAUAAGACCUUGAUUGUCGCAUUUUGUAUUUGAAUAUGUAUAUGGUUUGCAUAUUAAAGUAGUUUAUACUCGA